AUGAACGAGGUUACUACUCAUCCUGCAAAGAAUAUCUUGUGCCAUCGUUGUAAUCGGGGCUUUUCUCGGCAAGAACACCUUCAGCGUCAUGAGCGAUCACAUACGAAAGAAAAACCGUUCAAGUGCUCUCGAUGCCCAAAAUCAUUUACAAGAAAGGAUUUACUCACUCGGCAUUCUCGUCUUACACAUCCAGCAGCACCUCAAAAUGUUCAGCCUCGCCUGGAAGAAGAUCUAUCGAGUGCAUCAACUCUGGUAGCCUAUACAGACAUUUCGCCUCAGGGUCUAUUACACUCUGCAGAGCAGUAUGCACAUUCUCAAGAGCUAGCUACAACUCUUGCCGUACACUCCGAAGAAGGAAACCAGUUCCAACCCGAUGAAGCGCACCGAAAAUCAGUAGAAGACUGCUCUCUGGCUUUCGACGUCGACAACAGCCUUACAGAGAUCAAUGCCCCAGCAUUUGCACAAGACUUUGCAUCAUUUAUUGACAUGGUGCGAACACCUGGUCAUCCUUUUUCUCCGGCAUAUCAACCUCUACCGGUCUUUUUUCCUGAUCUGAAUCUACCAUUGCUCAAUAGUUUUGAAGAUCAGCGUGUCCCUGAAGACGUAGAAGGAAUUUCUGCUUCUGCAAGAGUCGCAGCCCCUCAACUUCCCUCUCUACAACCCGAAGAGACGUCUCAACAGGCUGGGCAACAUUCUGUCAAUCAUACUACCGGCCGUUUCGUCGUUACCAAUGAACUUCGUCAACAAAUUAUCGAAGACAUUUCCAGGUUUCCGGGUUGUUUUGACGCAGAAUUUGUUCUUCCUUCUAGACAUACCCUGACGCGGUUGGUUAACGGAUACUUUAAAAAUUUCCACGAGCACUACCCGUUUCUACACCUACCUACUCUUCGCUUAGAGACGCUGCUUGUGGAAUUACUGCUAGCUCUAGCUGCACUUGGUGCACGGUAUACAAGAGAGACAGAGGUUGGGGCUGAACUGUUCCAUGUGGCUAGGGCCAUAGCGCUCGAGCGCUGCCAACGGUGCAACACCAGUGCCGAAGGCAAUGUGUAUCGAGAGGAACAAGAAUGGCGAGGUCCAUUCACCCCCGAUAUCAGUAACCCGAGUUCGCCUAAAAAUCGGAAAACAAUGUUCGUGGAAAUGACCCAGACCAUCCUGAUGCUCAUCGCAAUAGCCACAUGGUACAAAUAUGAACCAGGAGCGACCAAUGCGCUCUCAUUGCGCAGUGUACUGCAUUCUCUUGUUCGAGAGCUGGAAGUUACACAGCAAUCGGAUCAGCACUGGGAUGACUGGGAAGCUUGGAUCCAAUUUGAGACAAUUAAAAGAACGCAGCUGGUUGUUUUCUGCUUCUUCAAUAUCCACACGAUUCUUUUCGAUCUUCCACCAAUGCAGUUGGCCAGCGCGAUACGCCUAGAUCUCCCCUGCUCAGAAACUGUGUGGAGGGCUACUGAUGAACAUCUGUGGCGUGACGCCCGCAGAACGUCCAACAUCCCCCGUGAGGACUUCCAGGGAGUGCUUGCGGAACUUUUCGCCAACGACGACCAGUCUUUUGAUGCUGGCUCACAAGCUCCUCGAAAUCUCUCCGCAUUAGGCGGAUACGGCAUCAUCCACGCCAUCAUUCAGCAGAUUUGGCUCACCCGAAACGCCCGCCUACCCAGCCAACAACGAUAUUCCAGACUUUCUGCUGAAGAUAUGAAUAUGUUUGAGUCUGCUUUGAAACGAUGGGCAAGGUACUGGGAGCGGAAUCAAGAGUCCUCUUUAAACCCACUCAGCCCUCAUGGCCCUGUUACUUUCACGUCUACAGCUUUACUGCGGCUGGCAUAUAUUCGCCUCAACUUAAAUCUUGGUCCUGUUAGGUGUCUUGAUAGCUGGGAUCCAGCUUUAGUGGCUCGAUCGAUACAUCAAAGCCAGGGAGUUGAGAGACACCCCCAGCUAACUCGAGCGGCUCUGCAUUGCGCCCAUGCCCUGAGCAUCCCCGUGAAGCUUGGAAUUAACUAUGUCGCAACGACCCAGCUUAUUAACUGGUCAAACCAACACGCACUAUGCUCGCUCGAAUGCGCAAUUCUUCUAGCAAAAUGGCUUGAAUUGAUAACCAAACCAGACCCUAGCCCACCUUUAACGGCCGCCGAACAGGUGGUCCUCAAGUUUGUCAUUGAGCUAGUGGCUGAAACUGAGUAUAAACGCACUGUUGAGCAAAUAGCCCAUAAGAAACAAUAUUUAGCUGCUAAGAUUGUGAGGCUAUGGGCGAGGCUUCAUCGGGCUGAUAGCGUGUGGCAGGUGGUCAACGUAAUUGGGGAAUCUCUGAACAUAUAUGCAGAUCUACUAGAGCCAUAA